GUUGGGCGACAGGCGCGGCGGCGACCUCGCCCUUGCGAGGGCGGCCGCGUUGGGGAGCAAGCGCCAGCGCAACGAUAUUGCUCAGCAGGAAAAGUUGUUUCGAGAGCAGUUUCAGGCGCCGCCCCACGUGAUCACCCAGAGCUUCUCGAACAGCUCGUUCCUCGUGGCACCGCCGCUCAUCGACCACGUCGGGAACUUCUUCGCCCGUUGCAGACAGCGGGAAGAUUGGGGGGUGGAGAGUGGUGAAAACGUUCGCAGUGUCGCUGCUAUUCUUUUCGAGAAGCAGGACUUUGGCUUCGCACUUGCAACUUCGAGGGUCCAGUCGCAUGAGCUCGGCGUGCAUAGACAAUUUCUCGGAAAGACGAGCAAGCUGCUGUGCGCUGCGACUUGGCUUCUGGAUCGGUUCCGCCGCCGCUUGUUCGGACAGGCAGCUGUAGCCAACACAUCAAUCAGAGCCCUGCAGUUCGUGGACAGUGUUGGGUACGACGAAACUCCAUUAAAACUCAAGGAUGGCGCACCGAAGACCGACAGAGGCUGUAUCAUGGCUGCCCUGAGAGAUACGUGCGCCACGUCGCUCACCGAGUGCAGGUUUGAUGAGUUUAGCCGCAUCGCCGCCGUGGAUCGACACCCGAGCAAUCUGUGCGUCGAGCGCCGCAUCAAUCGGAGGACACAGAAACGUUUUGACAAUUGGACGUCUAUCCUUUUCAAAUGUGAACAGCACAUGUUGCAGAGUGCGCGGGUAUUGGCAACGUGGAAGUUCUCCCACACGAUCACGGGUAUGAUCAACUUGUCUUUGUCGCUGGACCACCAGAACAAUUUAGCGAUAUUCAGACAAUGCAUGUACGAAGUCCUGAUGCACCGUUGCAAGGUAAUCGACACGCCUUCCAGCCCAGAUGCAGUGAUGAGGAAAAGAUUGAUUUUGUCGUGGUUCGUAUCUAAGAAAGCUAACACUGACGUAAUUGUGCGGGGUCUGCUUGACUUGUUCGCGUCGGGGGAUUGGAACAGCAAUAUAUUGGAGAUCUACGUUCCACCUGGCACUGAGUAUGACGAGCAGUCGUUGUUCAGUACAGUUUCGAGCGGCAUUGCGAAGGCCCUCGUAUUCAGAAACUUCACGGUGUACCAGCGGAAGAAAUGGAUGGGCGCAGACGAGGCGCGCUGCGACUUCGCGUUGCCCCUUCCGUUAGGGAACGUGCUGGUUGAGGCGCACAAGGUUUUCUGCGAUCGCAUCAACGGCCUGCCAUAUCGACCUGCUGCGCACCAUCCAGGUGGCGAUGCUCCAGCGGCAGCCGCGCUCGGCGCCUUGCUCGACGCUGGAGCCCUCCCCGACGAGGAGGCGAUGGAGGCUCGGCGAGACGAUGCAGUCAUCGACCCGAGGGGGCUGGCCCCCAUUGCCGUAGCAGCGGCCGAGGUCGCGAGGAAGCGCAAGGUAGCUUUGGAUUGGCUGAUGUGCAGGACCAGAAAUUCGCCAUGUUCCCAGGUCGCGGUGCUCAAGAUGAUACUGUCUAUCUUGCAGACAAUGCAGGCGGAGGAACUCUACAUCGGGCCCAAGAAGUGGGAGCGGCGCCAGGAGGCGCAGGCUGCGCGGCUGGCAGGGCAACCCAAUACGGGCAAACUGCUUCGCACAUACGCAGUGUUGGUGCACGCGGAAGGCGAGAUCGAAGCUCGAGCAUUGAAGAGAAUGCGGACCCUUCUUUUCGAGCAUCGCAUUUGGAUACUGUUGCGGGAUGGAGAUAUGACAAACGAUUUGAAAGCAGACGCAUUUACAAGCUUAUCGCCGGCAGGGGCCUACAUCGAGGACUUGAUCGCGGGCCCGCAUUCCCAACCACCGUGGACUUUGUUUCUCAUGCUUAACCAUCCCGAGCUCGCAGAUGCAAUCCAGCAGACGCCGAAAUGCCAUUUGGACAGAUGGGGUAGGAAAUUCUUGGAAAGAAAUGACAUCCGCACAGGCGAGGCCAAAAUGAAGCUCUUGGUGCACGCCAUCCUCAUUUCAACGAACACUGAUCACCUCGAGGGCACCGACGAACACAAUCCUGGCGGUCCAAAGUAUGGUGGCGGCGGCGCAUGGCGUGCUUUCGCGAGGAAGCAGAGGUCGAAUGAUCUGGCAGAGGUUGGUCGCCUGUAUCGGGCCCUCAAGGACACCGUCGGUUCUGAGGUGCUGGAGCAGUGUAUCGCGGAGGGCAAGGCGACCACAGCGAGGCGGCGAAGGGGGGAAUCAGUGUUCGGCAUGAAGCGUAGCAAGGUCGAUCGCCUGCAAGAGCAACGGUACUUGGUGGCCAGGAUGUCGGAGGGCAAUCUUGAGAGUGCAGUCGACAAGGUGAUCAGCGACGCGCAGACGUAUUCCUACGAUGUCGCCGAGACGAUGCUGCUGACCAAUAGAUUGCGCAAUACUCGUGCUGCAAAGCGACGCGAGGAGGAAGAUAAGGACUCCAUGGACAUUGCCGCCUUCGAGGCAGCUGCGGCCGAAGCUCGGCGGGGCGAGCUCGCCAGUCAGAUGCCCGAGGCUGCCAGCCAUGUUUCAGGACUGAGAGUGGCCCCUGGCCCCAUCCACGGCAUGGGGGUGAUGGAAGCCGACGUUGGGUCGGCUUGUGCAGACGCCACGGGUUUGAUUCAGUACGUGAAUGAUAUGCAGAAACAUCAGAAGAAUUUCAUGGCAUCUUUGGGUAAUUCUUGGAACUUCCUUCACAGGACGAUGCGCGACGAUGCCGCUGAUGCAGGCAAGUCGAGCGAUGAGGAGGAGGAGCAUCGCCAUGGUUGCUGCUGGGGCCUGGGCGUCUGCAUAUGCUCGGAUGCUGGGGCGCAGCUUUGGCGUUUUCGGAACUCCGUGCUGCUCGCCAUGAAGGCCAUGUGCCCGAGGAGCGGGUGCAACCGCAGGACGCUGCUCAAGGACGGUCACAUCGUCCUGCGAUUCGAGUCGUCGCUUGCUGACGGUGCAGAUGAUGCUUUGGCUGACUUCUGGGGUCUCGGCACGGACGUCCGCUAUUGGCGCGUCAGCAGCCAAUCCUUGGCGCCAUUUGUGCCGCGCGUGCAGGAGAUGACCGUGGCCA